UAUUCAAAAUGGCGGACGGAGGAGCAGCGAGUCAAGAUGAGAGUUCAGCCGCGGCGGCAGCAGCAGCAGACUGGAAAAGUAAGAAGAGCUUUCCUGCCUUUUUAAUUACCAAACUACUCUCAGUUUUCAAUGAAUCAAUUCAAAGAAAGAAUGCAGUCUUUCUAUACCUGACUCAAGAAUGAACAAUCCGUCAGAAACCAGUAAACCAUCUAUGGAGAGUGCGGAUGGCAACACAGGCACACAAACCAAUGGUCUGGACUUUCAGAAGCAGCCUGUGCCUGUUGGAGGAGCAAUUUCAACAGCCCAGGCCCAGGCUUUCCUUGGACAUCUCCAUCAGGUCCAGCUCGCUGGAACAAGUUUACAGGCUGCUGCUCAGUCUUUAAAUGUACAGUCUAAAUCUAAUGAAGAAUCGGGGGACUCCCAGCAGCCCAGCCAGCCCUCCCAGCAGCCUUCAGUGCAAGCAGCCAUCCCCCAGACCCAGCUCAUGCUGGCCGGAGGACAGAUAACUGGGCUUACUUUGACGCCAGCCCAACAGCAGUUGCUGCUCCAGCAGGCCCAGGCCCAGGCCCAGCUGCUGGCUGCGGCCGUGCAGCAGCAUUCCGCCAGCCAACAGCACAGUGCUGCUGGGGCCACCAUCUCAGCCUCCGCCGCCACGCCCAUGACGCAGAUCCCCCUGUCUCAGCCCAUACAGAUCGCACAGGAUCUGCAGCAGCUGCAGCAGCUUCAGCAGCAGAAUCUCAACCUGCAGCAGUUUGUGUUGGUGCAUCCGACCACCAACCUGCAACCAGCGCAAUUCAUCAUCUCCCAGACGCCCCAGGGCCAGCAGGGUCUCCUGCAAGCGCAAAAUCUUUUAACGCAACUACCUCAGCAAAGCCAAGCCAACCUCCUACAGUCGCAGCCAAGCAUCACCCUCACCUCCCAGCCAGCAACCCCAACACGCACAAUAGCAGCAACCCCAAUUCAGACACUUCCACAGAGCCAGUCAACACCAAAGCGAAUUGACACUCCCAGCUUGGAGGAGCCCAGUGACCUUGAGGAGCUUGAGCAGUUUGCCAAGACCUUCAAACAAAGACGAAUCAAACUUGGAUUCACUCAGGGCGAUGUUGGGCUCGCUAUGGGUAAACUAUAUGGAAAUGACUUCAGCCAAACUACCAUCUCUCGCUUUGAAGCCUUGAACCUCAGCUUUAAGAACAUGUGCAAGCUAAAGCCACUUUUGGAGAAGUGGCUAAAUGAUGCAGAGAACCUCUCAUCUGAUUCAGGUCUCUCCAGCCCAAGUGCCCUGAAUUCUCCAGGGCUGGGAAUGGAAGGCUUGAACCGUAGGAGGAAGAAACGCACCAGCAUAGAGACCAACAUCCGUGUGGCCUUAGAGAAGAGUUUCUUGGAGAAUCAAAAGCCUACCUCGGAAGAGAUCACCAUGAUUGCUGAUCAGCUCAGUAUGGAAAAGGAGGUGAUUCGUGUUUGGUUUUGUAACCGCCGCCAGAAAGAAAAAAGAAUCAACCCACCAAGCAGUGGUGGGACCAGCAGUUCACCUAUCAAAGCAAUUUUCCCCAGUCCAACCUCGCUGGUGGCACCCACGCCAAGCCUUGUGACGAGCAGUGCGGCCACGACCCUCACGGUCAGUCCGGUCCUCCCGCUGAGCAGCGCUGCGGUGACCAACCUCUCUGUUACGGGCACCACAGACAGCACGUCCAGCAACACUGCCACGGUCAUUUCCACAGCACCGCCAGCUUCCUCAGCCGUCACCUCCCCCUCGCUGAGUCCCUCCCCGUCUGCCUCAGCCUCCACCUCCGAGGCAUCUGGUGCCAGUGAGACCAGCACAACACAGACCACCUCCACUUUGUCCUCUCCUCUUGGGACCAGCCAGGUGAUGGUGACAGCGUCAGGCUUGCAGACAGCGGCGGCCGCCGCCCUCCAAGGGGCUGCACAGCUGCCGGCGAACGCCGGUCUCGCUGCCGUGGCCGCCGCUGCGGGACUGAGCCCGGGCCUGAUGGCGCCCUCGCAGUUCGCAGCUGGAGGUGCCUUACUCAGUCUCAAUCCAGGGACCCUGGGCGGUGCCCUCAGCCCAGCUCUCAUGAGCAACAGUACACUGGCAACUAUUCAAGCUCUUGCCUCUGGUGGCUCUCUUCCAAUAACGUCACUGGAUGCAACUGGGAACCUGGUCUUUGCCAAUGCAGGAGGAGCCCCCAACAUCGUGACUGCCCCCCUGUUCCUGAACCCUCAGAACCUCUCUCUGCUCACCAGCAACCCAGUGAGCUUGGUCUCUGCCGCUGCAGCCUCCGCAGGGAACUCUGGACCUGUAGCCAGCCUUCACGCCACCUCCACCUCCGCUGAGUCCAUCCAGAACUCUCUCUUCACAGUGGCCUCUGCCAGUGGGGCCACCUCCACCACCACCACCGCCUCCAAGGCACAGUGAGCUGGGCUGCACGGGGCUGCCACUGGCCUUUUCCACUCGCGGCAUGAUCAGGCUGCCAGCCAGGCUGAGACUGAAAAAUGUGAUUGGCUUCCUCUUGCCAUGUUUCAACAGCAAGGGAAAGAAGGGAGAGAAGGAAAAGAACGCAUACCAGAAAAAAAAAAAAGGAUGGGGACAGGACAACAUUUGCCUAAUUUUGUAAUAAAACACUGUCUUUUCAGGAUUGCUUCAUGGAUUGGAGAACUUUCUAACCAAAAAUUUAAAAAAAAAAAAAAAAA